ACUUAGAUACCGACCCUGUUUGGCGACCUUAAAAUACACACACCACGCCAACCAGCAGCUCACAGAGAGACCGGGACACGGAGAGGGACACGGAAGAGACACGGGGAGACACGGAGAGACACGGGGGAAAGUAGUGAGACAAGGAGACACAGAGCAAUAGGGAGACACAGGGAGGCGAUAGGGUGAGACUCGGAGGCACACAAGAAGGCGAGGAAAGGGAACAGGCAGACGCAGAGACAAGGAAACAAGGACACGUGAGCAGAAAGAGACACAAAGUGAUAAACGUUAGGUUACACAUACAUACACAGAAACACAGAGGCAUACAGACACUGGGAGGCACACAGAGAUUCAGGAUACACACAAACAGACCGAAGUAACAACACAGACACACAGACUUAGGGAGAAAGCCACAGGAAGACAACUACACAUGCAGACAGAGACACACAAAUACACAGGGAGACAGACACGCAGAAAAGACGUGGAAAGACAGACACACGCACAGUUAGACUCCAGUAAAGACACUGAGGCACACAUACACAUAUAGAUACACAACAUAGAGACAGGAAGACAGAGAAACACAUUGCGGCCUCGGAGGAAGGCAACACACCCAGUUAGACCCCAAGUAAGAACGCAGAGGCACACAGGGGCUUAAAAGCAGAGGCAGAAAGACAGCGACGCGCAGAACUUGGAGACAUGGGGCCGCCAAGUCCACCUCGCUGCCAGGAGAUGGAGCGCGAGGCGAAACCUUCCCCUCUGUAUCCCUGCACCCCGGAGAAUCCCCUGGAGGUGGAGGAGGUUAUGCAGUGCUACGUGUACGACUCCCAGGGCCUGGGCGUCACCUUCAGCAGCCUCUUCCCGCAGCACGGCACGACAAUCGUCAUCCUCGUGCGGCACUUCUUGUGCUACGCAUGUCAGGAAUAUGUUCAAGAUCUCAGUCGAAUUCCAGAAAAUCUUCUCGAGGAGGCAAACGUACGGUUGGUGGUUAUUGGUCAAUCUAUGCCACGUCAUAUUAAGCGAUUCCGUGAACUCACGGGUUACAGGUACGAGCUAUUUGUGGACCCAGAUCGAGACAUUUACAAGGCACUUGAACUCAAGAUGGGAGAGGAUGCUGACAAGAUCUAUAAAAGUCCCCAUGUCCACUGCGGGCUGUGGUGGGGGGUGGCUCGAGGUCUGUGGAGAGCCAUGUGGAGCGAAAGUUUUGAUUUCCAGGGGGACCCGAAACAACAGGGAGGUGCCUUAGUGCUCGGGCCAGGAGGCCGCGUGCUCUUCUCCCACCGCGACGAGGCUGUGCUGGAUCACACGCCCAUCAACCGCCUCCUCGCGGUCGCCGGAAUCCCCCCCGUGGACUUCACACACAGACACAUGGUCAAACACGUGUGACACUGACCCUUGACCCCUGACCCUACAUGAAUCUAAUACUAACCCUAAUACGAACGCUGACCCUACUAGUAUUGACAGUAAUACUAUAAAUACUGAAACUUAUUCCUUAAAGCUGAUCUUGAGUCGUUGAGGAUGGAAAGUCAAGGGCAAGGCCGUCGUGUCUUGGAAAUAUUAGCAGCGUUGGUAUUAGUGUUUGAAUAGUAAGUGUAAUAUCAGUGUAAGCAAUAGAAACACUGCAGUGAUAUGACCCUUAUGAAAAAUACAAUUGUUUUACCAACUUCGUGUGCAUUAUUUUCAUAAAAUAAGCAGCUGAACUUUAGAGUAUUUAUUUAUAUGAUGUCUGGAAGGCCAAUAGGCUGGUGGACUGAGUUAGUUUGCGUGAAGAGAUGGAUUUUUGUUUACUGAUGAUGUACUGUUAGUAUAGUAAUACUACAAUCACCCUAAAGCUAGAGAUAGCAUUGACCCUAACCAUCACCAUGAAUCUAACAGCAGCUCUUAUGUUAAACCAAACCCAAACACUAACUCUGACUCUAACCCUAACAUUAAAACAUGAGCGCUAACCUUAUCACAGCAAAGCAAAGCUAGACCCAGACACGGACCGUAACACUAAUCCGUAACAUAGAAAAUUAUUCGAACACACUGGCCUUAAAAUGAACCACAAGCCAUUACACGCACAAUCACUGAGAAAACUCUAACCCUAACUAAUACUGGUCCGAGCUAACAUUAAUAUUGACACCAACCCAAACAUUUCUAGGGUCAUCCCGUGAGUAUUCACCAGGGGGCAGUAUUGGCCUAAUCCGUGUUCAUAAACAAAGAUGCCCAUUUAUCCUUGUAGACUGGCAGCCUAUUAAUGAUGGCACGGUUGCCUAGCUACUCCUGCAUUCCCAGUACUAUUCACACUCUGCACCAGGUACAUACCCAUUUAAGGCUGAAUCGACCUAGGGGAAGCACAGCGCAGGUUUACAUUAUAGCCACUGUUGUUAUCGACUUCUGUUCAUUGGGUUCGCAAUGCCAAGGAAACCAGCGUGACACACACACCCUAGUGUAAGAGAGACACAGGAAAUACCACAUUAAUAUGAGUCAAGUAUGUUCUUUACAUAUUCCUCUUCGUACGUAUGGAGUGUUGCAGAGAUAAGCAACCGAUGUUUAGAACAGCAACACGUGUUAUAAAUGUAUGUCUAAGUGCUUUAGCUUUUCAAUGGCAGCGUUUGCAAGCUUUAGGAAUUAAAACACAACCAAUGUGGAAUUCGAUGCAAUGUAUGGUGCUCAUUUUACAUACUACUGUAUGUACAUAAUAUAUGAUCGGGAUCACCCUGUGAAUGAUAAUGAAGAUGCUGCCGAUGAUGUUGUUGCUGCUGCAAGUGAUAAUGGUAACAGAUGUAUAUGUUGCUGGUGUUGAUGGCAAUGUUGCUCAGAAUAAUAACGGUGAAUAUAAAUAUGCCGCUGCUGAUGAUGCUAUUGAACACGGUGACGAAUAUAAAUAGUAUAUGCUGCUGAUGAAAAUUAAUGUGCUGUCGUUGCUGAUGAUGACACCGCUGUUGCUGCUGAUAGUAAUGAAUAUAUCCUGCUGCAACUGUUACAGCUGAUGAUGAAACUCACUUCCCGUAAUCAACUGCCCUGUUAAUGACCUUGUCCCUGCUUUAUCCAAUGUCCCAUCAUUGUUACAGAAGAACCGAGUCGUUGGUCAAUAUUACGAACUGUAUACACGCGCAACACCACAUACACCCACUAAACACAGAUUUAUCAAGCUUAAAUUUGCCACAAAUGUGUAGUCGAGUCAGAACAUUACUAGAAAAAUCCCAAAACACAUUUUAUUUAAUUGGGCCCCCAAACAUUAGAACUCCCGAGGCUGACAGUUUCACUCAUAAGGCGGGGUCAGUUUGAUCUUCUUCAUUGCUUUAAGUUCUGCUAAACACAAAAAUACAACCCCUAUCAUUGGUGAACCAAGUCAUUUGCUUCCCAUAGAGCUCGAUGCUAAAUCUGAUAGACAGUGGACAAAGCCCAGUACGAUUGAAAGCUUUCCUGACUGCAGGGAUUCAUAUUCUUGGUUCUUUCGGUAAAGUCACGUAGAAAGGAAAUGAUAAUAUAAUUCAUUACGACGCUGUCUUUCCGACAGCUCUGUUCUUCACCUGAGGACGGCUGCUUGCGUUGUGGCCGAAACGUCGUGAGAAUUUUAUGUCAAAUUUUUUUGUAUUUGAUCAUUUCCCUUCUACGUGACUUUACCGAAAGAACCAAGAAUAUAAAAAGGCCAUUACCAGUACAUAUUGUACUUAUGAACGUAUGUAUACAAACAAAUAUAUGUUAAAACAACAAUGCAUAUAUUCUAAUUUAUAUUGUCAUCCCUUAUCAAUCCACUGCUGGAUAAAGGACUCCCCAACUCAAUGAUGGGGGUUGUUUGACCACACUUUGCCAGGCGAGUCAAUAAGACUGUCCACUUUUGUCUCUGCAGUGCAGCUAACUAAAACAUCGCACCAAAUACUCAUUUAGGCCAAGUGGACCUAGGGGAGGCCCAGCAUUAGUUCAGAUAUCAUUUGCCACUGAAGUUAGCCAUGGUCAAGAAUCGAACUCACGGGGCAUGCUUUGUAGUGCAGUGCACUAAUCACUAGGCCACCACUCCACAGUGUGUACCGAACCUGUACACAUGCACAAACAUAUGCACACUCGGACGCAUGUACGCACACACAUUAUUGGAACACACGGAAGGCUGGCAGACAUAUUCAGGGAACAUAUGGGAGAUGUUGCUACUGACGACCUCGCUAAAUCAGUCACUAAAACAUGUAUAGGAUACAGCAGCAUCAUAUGUGGUGUCUUCUCCAACUUCACUAUUCUCUGGGGAAGAGGAGAGACUUGAGGCUCAGAACCAGUGGCACACCCAGAUACAAUCUUAGGAAGGGGUUUGUUUCCAAUGGAAUGCAAAGUCACUCAAACGUUUCCAUCUGGAAGUUCCAAUGGGUGCUGAAUCAAAAUAUGAAAUCAGACUUUUGAUAAUGUAACGAUUUGUUCACUUUUUGGAAGAGUGUGAUGGUUAUGACGUAAACACAAAUUUAACAUUGACAUGGUAGAGUGUGAUAAAAAAAACACUACCUGGCAUUCCACAAAGCAGUAUUAUCCGCUAAAAAGGAGUGUAGGAUACACCACCCGUGCAAAGUCUUUUGUUUUCUGUUUUCGAAAGGCAUAGUCACAUUUACACCCCUCACUACAAGGGGUGAAUGUUAAACCGCCACAUUUGGCCAGUCAGUAUGUCAAAGUUAAACAGUGCGAUUUUCCCGCAAUAACGUUGCUUCGUUUAGUAUAGGCUACAACAAUGGGUAUAUAAAGUUGCACAUGGCCCUGCAACAUUUGUUGAAGCUUCCUUCGAAAUGUAUUGUGUUGAUUGCAAUCAAUUGGCUGGACAUAGGCGGUUACACGAUCAUUCACAGGAAGCUGAAUUUGUAUAUAUGCGAUGGCAAGAAAAUAACACUGAAAAAAAU